ACAUUUGUGAUAUCGGGGCAAUGAUAGAAGACUUUCCCUCUGAAGUGGUAGAACUUGUGCUACAAUCACUGUGCCAAAAUGCUCUCGUGAAUUUGGCUGCUACCAAUAGCCGUUUCAACCGUUUGGUCAAACCGCAUUUAUUUAAAUCCAUCGAAGUCAACUCUCAAAAACGAAUUCUAUCCGAAAAGCCAGAAGCGGUCCGUUUCCAUGCGGUCCAAGUCACGUCCAUAUACAACCUCAAGGUUCUUAUGAAAAACUUGGUGUCGAACGAAACCAAUUGCCACUUGAUUCAAAAGCUCAUAUUUAAGCAGCUACCUGACUUACCCGAAGACUUCUUGAUAAAUUAUUUUUUCCACAUAUUCCCACGUCUCGUCAACUUGGCAGAGUUCAAAUGGUACUCGACCUAUAAUUUGGACCUAACAAUCGUCAACCUCCUUCCCAACAUCAAAUUGUCAAAGUUGAAUGGGAACUUCAAAAACUUCAAUAAUUUCAAUUACGACUUCCGCAAUUUGGAGUCUUUGAGUUUAUCAGGAUUCAAAGAUUUCUCCAACGUUUCUAUUAACCUUUCAACCUUCAUAAACUUGAAGUUUUUGAAGAUAUCCAAAAAGAAUUUGAUCCUUUAUGAAGAUAAUUUGGAUAAUUUGUUUACAAACACCAGUUGCUUAGAUCUUUUUGCAUUAUGCCUCGAAAACCUUUUUCUUACCAAAAGAGACAUUGAGCUACUCGUUGAUAAAAUUAGUUUUAGUGGAUUGAAGACCUUGAAGUUAAUCAACUGUUACGAGCUUUUAAAUGGCCAAAACAGCCUUCUAACGAGCAUCAAUGAAAGUGGUGCUUCGCUCCAAUAUCUUGAGUUGGAUAUUUGGAAUAACGAGCUCAAUAAUGAACAAGUCUACAAGUUCCUUACAUCCCAUAGACAAUUAGCCAGCGUCAAGAUCAACUUGAAUAUCUCCGAAAACUUAAUUAAACAAUUGACCACCUUGAUUUCACAAUUGAAUCCUGUUUGUCUCAAGCAUUUGGAAAUUACUUUUACCAUAAGAUCCCACAACAAAAUCAACUUCUUGAAUCACACAGAUCAAAAAGAGAUUCUCGAACUUCUUAAUCUGUUCAAGAAUUUGUCCACCUUAAAGUUUCCGAUAUUCUCAGCUAAUUUGGGUGAUUUAACGUUCGAUUUACCUUGUCUCGACGCUCUUCAGUUAAACUUGAUUGACUAUUUCAAGUUUAAAAACUGUUUGAUUGAUCUAGAUAUAACCCAAUUGUCGGUCACCGGAUUCAAUAGUCUCAUGAAAACGUUGAACUGUCCCAAGCUUCAAUAUAUAAUCAUCAAGUUGUUUGAAUUUCACAUCUACGACGUGAAUACCAAAGUGGUUAGCAGUCUUCCCAAGCUUGUUGAAUAAAUUCCCAGCAUUUAAGAAGUACCUUCAGAGCUUUGAAAAAAUUCUUCCGCAUCUGAACCACUGUGACAUUGAUUUGUCAAUAAUAUAUAUCUUGUUAGAGAAAGCUGUAGAUUGUGAGAGGGACAAUGGGUUCGACUAACCUAAAAUAAAGUUAUAAAGCAUGGUUAUAGGGAUCGAUAAUCCUUAACAAAGUAACUUUUCUACAAUAAGUGUACUGUCUCAGGGGAUGCCUAUUAUCAUCUAAGUAAUGCUUUCUUGUGUACUAAACAGAUCAUGGAUAAAUCACCUUUGAAGAAGCUCAGAUGCGGAAUUCUCCGGGCGUUGUGGCCACUCCACAAAAGUUCGUUGACAGCGUCUUCCAAAAACAAGGCAUGCCAUAUAAUUUAAGUUCCACCAACACCAACAAAUGGAGAACCCAUUCCUUGUACCAAAGGGUUCUUUUGAAAAGAACAAUGGCUAGCGAUACUUUCGCAGCCAUUUGAAGCACCAAUAAUGAAAUACAAUACAUGGAGCAAAUGUUGGCGAGGCUAGUGUUGUAGACAUAAUUCAGUAACCAGAAAUAUAGCCCAGCUCUCCAUUGACUACAAACUUCAAUACCCGGUACUAAUAAACUGUUUUUUCCCGGUAUAUCGUUUGCCUAGAUAGUAGCAAUCUAUGAGUUUAUCACUCCUGGAGUUCAGAUAUGGCCAAUUAUAUAGCUGUAUUUAAAGCCUAGUACAUAGGUUUAAUAUUCAUCCGCCGUUCCCUGAAGGUAAAGAAGCUUAAUCAUUUGAUAAAGUUUCACCAUGCAUUGCUAUUGGAGGCCCCAAAUUUCCAGGCGAUUUCAAAUCGC